AUGGACGAUAUUAAAAACCCAAUAGCCUUGACUGUUAGCUGGGACUUGGCCAGCCUCGGGGCAAAACUGGAGCAGGCUGUCAAAGUCAAGCGUCACGAGUCGCUCAAGCGAUAUGGUUCCCAUAGGACGCCCGCCACCGAAGUCUUGGAGUCUUUCCUCGUGGGGUCCCCCGUUCUUAGUGUCCGGCUUGUCUGGGAAGGCGUCGACGAACUUCACCGCACAACGGGCUCCGGAUAUCCCGAGGAGAAACCGAAGUCGCAUUGA